UUCCGCUGCUCCCUCGGUUACUACCAGCUUCCCCACCUGCCUCGUCAGAUGGCGGUCUGCAAGGGCCCGAGGGGUGGCGGUGGCGGGGGCGACAUAGAGCUCGAGGUCGGCGGCCAAAGUGCUGAUCGCGGGUACCGGGCAGGGUCCCCGGGCAUUCUGCGCCCCCGGGAGCAGGAGCGGAAGCUGGACCAAGAGAAGCUGUCCGGGGUGGUGAAGAGCGUCCACCGGCGGCUCCGCAAGAAGUACCGGGAAGUGGGAGAUUUUGACAAGAUCUGGCGAGAACAUUGUGAGGAUGAGGAAACACUUUGUGAAUAUGCUGUUGCAAUGAAAAAUUUGGCAGCUAAUCAUUGGGCAAAACGUUGUGAAGGUGAAGGUCGUAUUGAAUGGUGUUGUAGUAUAUGCAGAGAAUAUUUUCAAAAUGGUGGAAAGAGAAAAGCACUUGAAAAAGAUAAGAAAAGAGCUGUACUUGCCACUAAGACCACUCCAGCCUUAAAUAUACAUGAGCAGUCUAAACUUGAAGGUCAUUUAACCAACCUCAACUUUACAAAUUCUGAAAUUAUAGCUGAAACACGAACCUUCUGCCCCAUGUCUCUGCACUGCUCAAGGCAAAAGGAAGAGAUCCCAUAUGGAAAAUCUGAGGUGAAAGAAGAAAUGCAAAACAAAACAGAAAAAAGGUUGCUGCAAACCUCAGGAAAGAUCAGAUUACUUGAUGUUGGCAGCUGCUUUAACCCAUUUAUGAAGUUUGAAGAAUUUCUAACUGUUGGCAUAGACAUUGUACCUGCUGUAGAGACUGUAUAUAAAUGUGACUUCCUGAACUUGCAGCUUCAGCAACCACUCCAGCUGGCACAGGAUGCUAUAGAUGCCUUUUUGAAGCAGCUGAAAAACCCUAUUGAUUCUCUUCCUGGAGAACUUUUCCAUGUGGUUGUUUUCUCUCUCCUUCUUUCUUAUUUUCCAUCACCUUACCAGAGAUGGAUUUGCUGUAAGAAAGCCCAUGAACUGUUAAUGUUAAAUGGUUUAUUGCUUAUCAUCACACCUGAUUCCUCCCAUCAGAAUCGUCAUGCUAUGAUGAUGAAAAGCUGGAAGAUUGCUAUAGAGUCGCUGGGCUUUAAACGUUUCAAGUAUUCAAAAUUUUCACAUAUGCAUCUGAUGGCAUUUAGAAAAAUAUCCCUAACAACUACAAGUGACUUGGUAAGUAGAAACUACCCUGGAAUGUUAUAUAUUCCUCAGGAUUUCAACAGUAUAGAAGAUGAGGAAUAUUCAAACCCUUCCUGCUGUGUUCGAUCAGAUAUAGAAGAUGAACAACUGGCAUAUGGUUUUACAGAGCUCCCUGAUGCUCCAUACGACUCAGAUUCUGGAGAAAGUCAAACCAGCUCCAUUCCUUUCUAUGAGCUAGAAGAUCCCAUAUUACUUUUAAGUUAGUAUAAAAGCAAAAACCUUUUCAAUCCAAACUCCUAAAUUAAUUGCUUACACUAAUCAGAAAUACUAACAUGAACUUAAUAAUUAAAACCUGGUUUGCAUAGAAGAAAUGCAAAGGUUGACAGAGUUUGCUAUUUUUUUUUCUACUUCUGGAUUUUAAAAUUUGUUCUUAUAUAGAAAACUUUAAGUUUCACGCAGAGUGGUUCCUGUCAUAGCGGAAACCACUCUUACAUCAGCAUUUAGCACUCAGAUAUAGAAAGGUACCUUUUUUCUAUUUUGUGUUACUGUGAAAAAUUAAGUAUAAUUUGCUGUGUAUUUUUUUUUAUCUUUUCAAUGUUGACUUUAAACCAUUGCAAUGAGAAACUUAAAGAUAUAUAGAAAUCUGUAGAUUGUACUUGGAUGGUUAACCAGUUAAAUGUAUCACAGAGCUAGAUUGGUUUAGUUGUUGUGAGAUACACUUAUUCUUUUUUUCUAACUAAAUUGUUAUUAUAGAAAGCCAUUUUUUGUUUAGUUUCAUCUGAUAACCAAUAUUUCCUAAACUUUUUGGAAUUGAUGGUAAUUUUUUUUUCUUGUUCUUGCUUAUUUAACAUCAUCAGACAUUGGGGGAGAGAUUUCCCACAAAGUAUGUGUUGUAAUUUGAUUAGCACAGUACAAAAUCCACCAUUGCCAAAGUAGAAUUUUCAUAACUUUCUUGUUGAU